CUUUAAUAUUUUUCAGAGCCAACUGCCUUCAUCAAAGAGCAACUUAAUAGUGAUCAUCAAAUUACAAAGUCACACGUGAUCAAUGUUACCCAGACUCCAAACACAAAUACAGUCUCAAGCUUCCCGACCGAAAAAACACCACGAUCAACACAAAAGACAGAACAAGGUAUACAGCAAGACAAAAAUACAGUCACCAGCUUCCUGACUGUUCAAGCUCCACGAUCUACGCAAGAGACAGAACAAGGAAUGCGACAUGGUGAAGACGGCAACCAUGGAGAUUUUACCAUCAUUGGAAUUGUACUGAGCGGUGUACUACUCUUGAUUUUCCUGCUUAUAGGGGCUUUACUUUUCAAAAGAUAUAGGAAAUCAAAGCAACGAAAGGGGCCAGAACGUACUGAAGAAAUUGAAAUGAAUAUAGAAUCAGAAAACCGGAAUCAGUAUAAUUAUUCUGAAGUUAAUGCACAAUCGAUGGGAAAAAAUGAAAACCAGACGGUUGACGAUGGUGUCACAAACAGACAGAACCAAAUAGAAAAUGACUACGAUGUGUCUUCAAAUGUACCUGCACGAACAGAAAGUGAACCGUUAACAUAUGACGUCCAUGUGUCGGACAAUACAUACAACGUAACAGAAACUUCCGGUAUUGAACCAAAAGAUGACGUUAACAAUACUUACGAUCAUUUUUUCGGAGAACAAACUGAAGAUCAGUAUGAUACAGCUGAUAACAAAGUAAUACAUGUUAACCAAUGUAAAACCAAUGCGGAUUUAUAUUAUUGAUAUAGUUCAAUAAUUUAAUUUUGGAUGUAACGCGUCUUCUGGUUGGCUGACGUUAUUUUGUUAUGAGCCCAUUAACAUAAUUUAGUCAUGUGACCGUGACGUCAUCAACGUUUUUUCAUGGUUUUCUACGGUUUAAAUUGGAAUUUAGAAUUAAAUUAUAAGAAAUGACUGUAAUACUUUUUCUGUCUAUUAGAAAUAAAAUAAAAAAUGUAGUGGACACGGUUGAAUAACCGUGCUACGCGAAGUUGAUUUUCGCUAUUUACAUUAAUUGAUAGCGUUUGAUUUUGUCAGUUUUAUGGACUCUCCUCUUACAGUUUGCCCUGAAAUUCGAUAUAAGUGUUAUACAUUUUUGCCACAUGCUAUAUACUUUAAGAUAAUGUAUUGGCAUAUUAUUAACACAUUAUUCAUAAUCAGAGCGGGCUACUUUUUUUGUACUCUCAAUUAUAACCCUAUAUGAAAAAGUUAAACAGUUCUUUUGUGUAAAGCUGUAUUUGUUUUUAAUUGAAUCAUCAAAAUUCUUUAGUUGGUCUGUAGGUUUCAAUAUGGAUGGCAAUAUCUUAUUAAUUAUAAUCAGAUAAUGGUUACAUUGCAAUUUUCAUUUAGAAUUAUGCUAAUAAGCGUAUUUUUCAGCCAGAGAUUACAGUUCGUUACAUAUAUUAAAAUACAAAACCAAAUAUAUCAUUAACUAAAAAAGGUCAUUUACAUGUACUCAUAUCGGAAUUUUAUCAGCUGGCAAUAAUAGAACUAAAAAAGAUAACAGUUGGGCCCAUCUUUGCUCAACAUUGUUUAAGUUCGUUUCAACCUUUGAUAUUGGUCAAUAACAUAAUGAAUGAAUAGUACAAAAAGAUUAAAAAUCAUAUUGAAUCCCUUUAUCAAAUGACCUGUGGAAAAAAGGUACUAUUUAGCACUAGUAUUGCAUCAGCUCAUAUAUCACAUCAAAGGUUGUCAAUCAACAUGAUCAAAUCAAACUAAUCUAGUUCACUGUAUCGUUAUUUUUUAUUUGUCUGGAUAGAAAGCUUGAAAAGAAGAUAGCAAUGUUAUAUUAUCAAUAUCUAUGUAGCUUUUUUGACAAAGAGAGGUCGAAAGAAACCAUAGUAGGAGAAUAAACGAAUAGUAGGAAAAUAAACGAAUAGAUGGAAAAUAAACUGCAGCACCAUCGCUAAAUAUUAAAAAGACAAACAGAAAAACAAUAGAAAACAUAGAAAACUAAAGACUAAGUAACACGAACCCUACAAAAAACUGGGGUACAAAGUUUCAAUGGAUUUUUUUAAAGGAAUUCUAGUUUUUUUUUGUUUUUUUUUUAUAAAAUCCUGUAUUGAAGCAGGUGCAGAAAAAUGAACUACUGCACAAAAAGAAAACAACAUUUUGGUACUUUCGUUUAACAAAUGGUUUAUAUGCAUUAUAUGUGCUUUAUUUCAUGAAGAAAUUAUAUGAUGAUUUUUGUUAUUUAUUUUUACUAAUAAAA